UUCAAUUUCCGCGAAACUCCAAAGUUUCCGACUCGUUUUCGGUUUCCUUUGUCUUCUAAUUCAGUUUCAAAAUUCGCUUCCUCAGGAUCCGAAAACUCCAUAAUUCUUAGAAAAUUUCCUUCUUUUUCCGUGAUUCUCUGGUGGUCUGAACUUCGAUUCCCAGUUUUCGAUUAUCAAUAAUGCUUCACAGGAGCUUCAAGCCGGCCAAGUGCAAAACGGCGCUGAAGCUUGCCGUAUCGCGAAUAAAGCUGUUGAAUAACAAGAGAGAGGUUCAGGUGAGGCAGAUGAAGAGGGAGUUGGCUCAAUUGCUCGAGUCUGGCCAAGUUCAGACUGCUCGAAUUCGGGUUGAACAUGUGAUCAGAGAAGAGAAGACAAUGACAGCAUAUAAUCUUAUUGAGAUAUACUGUGAGCUUAUUGCGGCGCGCUUGCCCAUCAUCGAGUCUCAAAAAAACUGUCCGAUUGAUCUGAAGGAAGCGAUUUCAAGUGUAAUAUUUGCAUCUCCGAGAUGUGCAGAUGUACCGGAACUAAUGGAUAUCAGGAAGUAUUUAACAGCAAAAUAUGGAAAGGAAUUUGUUACUACAGCUAUCGAAUUGCGUCCAGAUUGUGGCGUAAAUCGCAUGUUGGUGGAGAAAUUAUCUGCCAAGGCACCCGAUGGUCAGACCAAGCUUAAAAUCUUAACUGCAAUUGCAGAGGAACAUAAUGUCAAAUGGGAUCCUGAUUUAUUUUCUGGGAAUGAUUCUAUGCCUCCCCAGGACUUGCUGAAUGGACCGAAUACUUUUGAGGCUGCGAAUAAAAUUCACAGUGAAGCUCCUUCUGGCCCCGCUGAACCUAUUCAUGAUGAUAGAGGACCACCUAAUGUUCAAGCUCCACCAAGGCACAGCGAGAAGCAAGAUGAAUAUGUAAAAUUCAAUGAGCAUAACAGGAGAAUGUCAUCUGGCUCCCAAAAUUCAGCUUCUACAGGUGUUGCUACCACCAUGGCAACAACAUCUGCUACGUUCCAUCCUGAUUUGAGAUCUUCAGGAAGUGGAACUGAAUGGGUGGAAUAUAAGCAAUCAUAUCUUGGAAGUGAGAAUGCUUUUCCUGCAGGUAGACAGAACUGGAACAUGGAAUUUAAGGAUGCUGCCUCUGCCGCACAGGCAGCUGCUGAAUCUGCUGAAUUAGCAAGCAUGGCUGCCAGAGCAGCUGCAGAACUUUCUAGGCAGUACUCCUCGGAAUCACCAAAGUCUUAUGGUCAUGUUCCAAAAGAUCAACGGCCCCAUUUGUAUGCUGACUCAAAGUUGCAGAGUCACCAUGUUGCCAAAGAUGCAGAAAAUGAUGUCUUCCGUGGAAGACAUUCUGGAAUACGUGGUGAGCGUACUGUUGACAAGGAACAGGAAGAGUUGGCAGGGCCAGCUGGAAGCUUUGUGGGAGAUGGUCAUAGGAACAAUGAUAGAUUCAACAAGGCAUCUUCCUUGAAGUCCAAUAAAACUUCCGUUGAUGAUGUUAGAUUGGUGAAUAAUAUUCAAGCAGUAGAUAGACAUUCUCGAAGGAAGUCAUCUGACUCUGAUAAUGUUGACUUUUUAGAUGAGGCAAGUAAGAAGAAACAGUCCAGUGAAUCUGAUUUGAAAUAUGUGGCCAAGAAACUAGAUUGCAUGAAGCCUGAAGAAACUGCUUAUAUUGAUGAAAAAGUGACCAGAAAACAAUCUAGUGGCAUUUCACGACAUUCUCAUUCGAGUUCGUUUAGUGAUGACCAGGAGGAUAUUUUGAGAAAGAAUGACGAUGUUGCUUAUUAUGGGGACAUGAGGACUGAAAAACAAUCUAGCAGGGCUUCUUCCCGUUCUCAUUCAAGCAGUUCCGGUGAUGUUCACGGAGACAUUUUUAAAAGAAAUGAUUUUAGUCAGGACCCUUUUGUUCAUGAUGACAGAAGCAUAUAUAGAAACACUUCCGAAAUAGAUUCUAAUGAGUACACUGCAGUGUUUGAUGAUUAUGGUUCUGAUGAUGGUAACGAUAAACUUGAGAUGGGGAAUUACAAGGAACAAGAAACAAGUUUGAAUUUUUCGUCUCCAAGGAGAAACACAGACAAAGGACUAGGAAAGUCCAUUUCACAGUCACAUCAAUCUGUGUUUUCUGAAAUUCCAGAAGGUUCUAGUUUCCCUGCACAAUCAGAUGAUAUGCCACCUGCGGCUUUUGAUUAUUAUGAUAGCCCAACUUCCGACAAUGAAGAAGAUUUUCACAAGUCUAAGCUUACUGGUAGUACGGAGCUUCAUAAAUUUCCUUCUGAAAAGAAUGUGCACUCUAAAAGUUCUGAGCCGGUGCAAAGCGAAGAACAUAUUUCAGUUGGAUCAUCCUUCUCUGAAGACAGAAAUGUGGGACCUAAGAGAAAUCCAUGGUUGCCAACCUCUUCUGUUGAUCUGCAGCCCAAUGAAGUACUUCGUGAUAGAAGAAGCCAAGGAAUCAAAUCUAGUCAUACAUCUGAGAAGAAAUUUGAUUAUGCUGUUGAGGAUACUCUGGAAAGUGCCACAAAAGAUACUGAACUUCUAAAUGAAUCUACUUCUGAAAUUGCGAAGGAGCUGAACUUCAGGACAUUGACAGGUGGUCUGCGGAAUAAGGGUAAUAGGCGUCCACCAUAUAUGAGGAAACCAUCAGAAAACUUUCUGUCAGUCAAACAAGCCACCGAGGAUACUAAUACAGAGAAUGACCAAUCUACCUCUUCUUCAACAGUCAGGAGUUCAAUUAGGAGUACUGGCUAUCAAGAGCCACAUAGUGAGGAAAGCAACGCAACACUAGACAAGAAGGUUAGCGUGGCUGCCUUUGCCAAACAUGUAGAUUCUGAUGAUGAUCAUGUGGAAGAGGAACACCAGCAAGAGACUAGCAUCAGUAAGCAGCAGCUGUACAAUCAGAAAUCAGGUAGUGAAGUAGAUAAAAAAUCGAGCUUAAGAGCCUCACGCACUUAUUUUGAUUCGGAUUUGGACAAUAGUGAUUCUGACGAAGAUCAUCCUAGACGGACUUCCUCCAGAAAUGCUCGUCCAGGCGCUGGAUUGUCAAGGAGAACAAAGGUUUCUUCUUCCAACUCUGGUAGAACUAAUUCAAAGACUACUGUUUCAUCUUUGGAAUCUAGGACUGCUAAUUAUAGAGCCGAAGGCAUGUCAUCUUCAAGUAGUUCUACUGUCAAGGAAACUUUACCAAAGCCUUUGUCAGAGACCAAAAGCUCCGAUAAUUCAGGAAGCUGGGAGCGGCAUAGAUUGGUGGAGCAAGAUAGUUCUAAACCAAUGCCAAAAUCAAGGAGAUCCUCCCGCAUAGAAAGUUCAAAGCCAUCUACAAGAGAACAAACCUCCAAUUCUCUUCCAAAGAAUGCAACAUCUGGGGUCACUGGAGCUUCAAAUUCCCCAGUAGUCACUAGAGAGAAUUCUUUAACGGACAGUACAAGUCAUGUUCAUCCGAAGCUUCCCGACUCCGAUGCCUUCACUGCUUACUUUCAGUCUCUCCGACAAACUCGCGAGUGAACAUAGUUGCACAUUCUCACAUAUACAGCUUGUUAUCAUGUUUGAUUUUCUUUGAUAUUGUGCAUGGUUAUAUCAGUUCAAAAUUUUUGAUCUUAAGAGUGGAGAGAAUCUUGAUUUUAACAGGACAUGUACCAUAUUACUUUCCUGUUCUGUCGAAAUCGAGUCAAACGCACAUAGUUCUUUUAUUUGUUUAUGUAUUUUUACACGAUUACCUUACAGAGAUUACGUUGCUUUAACUGAA